UCACUUCAGUCUGAUUAUCCUGAAUAAUAACUGAUAGUAAUCAUACAUAUGCGAUACAUGCGUACAUUAUAUUAUUAUAGUCUUCGAGGAUUUGUAGUUGAAUGCAUUUGCAUAUAUAAUUGGAUGAUUUUAUUGGAUUUCUAUAUCGGUAAGAGUAUAUAAAAAAUGCGUUCUCUUUUCGUACUCGUACUGCUUGUUGAUGAGAUACAGUGUACCAUUAUAUAGGCUAUUUCUUAUCAGAGUAGAAUAUUGAUGUUUUAUAAAUUGAAAUUUUCAAUUGCUUCAAACUCAGAAGAUCUAACAAAUUUGGUUGUAUUUUCAAACAUUUCAGUGAUUAAAAGAAAAUGGAGUCCUUCGUUACAGUAGGUGCUAAAAAUCUAACUUCAAUCAUUUUACCUGAUAUCUCCACUACAACAUUUGCUAAUAUAUUAACAACAACACAUGGGCCCUACGCGAUGCAACAGAUCAUGGGUUUCAACAAUCAAACUGUUGUGGAUAAAGUACCUCCAGAAAUGCUACAUUUGAUUGAUCCGCAUUGGUACCAAUUUCCACCAAUGGAUCCAAUAUGGCAUAAAAUUCUAGGCCUGGUGAUGAUUAUACUUGGACUUAUAGGAUGGAUUGGAAAUGGUGUUGUAGUGUAUGUAUUCUUGAUAACAUCCUCCCUACGGACGCCGAGCAAUUUUCUGGUGGUAAAUCUGGCUUUCUCUGAUUUCAUCAUGAUGAUGUUUAUGUCACCUCCUAUGGUAAUCAACUGCUAUUAUGAGACCUGGAUAUUAGGACCAUUAAUGUGCGACUUAUAUGCCAUGGUUGGCUCUUUAUGCGGAUGUUCCUCAAUAUGGACUAUGACUGCUAUUGCUUUUGAUCGAUAUAAUGUUAUAGUCAAGGGUAUGGCGGCAAAACCGCUCACUAUUAAGAAAGUGCUACUCGAAAUUUUGUUAAUCUGGCUCUUUGCUCUAUUAUGGACAAUAAUGCCGAUGAUAGGAUGGAACAGAUAUGUGCCAGAAGGCAACAUGACUGCUUGUGGCACCGAUUAUCUUACCAAGGAUUGGAGCUCUAAAUCAUAUAUUCUGGUAUAUUCGAUAUUUGUAUAUUACACGCCGCUUCUUACUAUAAUUUACAGCUAUUACUUCAUUGUUUCGGCAGUAGCUGCUCAUGAAAAAUCAAUGAGAGAACAGGCGAAAAAAAUGAAUGUUCAAUCUCUGAGAUCUGGAGAUAAUCAAAAUAUCAGUGCAGAAGCAAAAUUGGCAAAAGUGGCUCUGAUGACUAUUUCUUUAUGGUUUUUGGCGUGGACACCAUAUUUAAUCAUUAAUUAUACAGGUAUCUUUGGUGGUUCUAGUAUUAGUCCUCUUUGCACCAUUUGGGGAUCUCUUUUUGCAAAGGCGAACGCUAUAUAUAAUCCGAUUGUUUAUGGAAUUAGGAACUAAAAUCACGUCAACAUUACCUAAUACCAUAUACGAUGGGAUUGUACACGGCAUUGGCUUUCGCAAAGAGAGAACCCCAGAUCGUGAAGAGUGGGCUGAUCUUGGUUGUUUCAAAGAUACCUGAGUAAUUGAUAACCAGAUAUGGAGUCCACGCCAUAAAC